GAUAAAUACAUCAGCGCUAAAAACGGAGAAAACCGCUCAGACCGUAAAAGAAGCUCCGACAGAGAACAUCACCACCACGAAGCUGCUCCGUUAUUCGUCUCAUGUCGUCGAUAUUUCUGUCUUGAUGGGUUAAUCUGCGACGGACACACUAGCUGAGCACAAAUCGAGACAAUCGGAUCCAGAAAACUUGAAAUGGAAUGACACAUUUCCCCGAGUGGACUUUUUCUUGAACCUCGUCUUGUGAUCUUCGCAUCAGCUGCUGGUUCGGGCUCAUUUUUAUCCCCUCUGAUGUCCACCUGUUACCGGCUGGCUCCUACCUGCAGACAGCCUCAACCACGGAUCGUCACAUAAACCCAACUUCUACUGAGAUGGCCCGUGCAGAGACCAUCGAGAGCGCCGGGGAGACCGGAGGAGGAGGAAACGGCCCUCUUCCUCGCCACAACACCUGCCGCAUGGAGCUGCCUCGGUCCUUCCACAGCUGGCCGGGCCUGCUCACCACCACCAUCACCACCGGCUCUGGGACUGGCACUGGUCCUAUGAACCUCCAGCAUAAUCACCACCAUCUGCACCCUCUGCAGGCCAUCUAUCUGUCAUACCCGCUGCCUUACCCCCACCCAGAGGGCCAAGAUGAGCCCCAGUCUCACCAGCAGUUACCUGCGUUAUCGCCAUCACCGACGCCUCCGUCUUCGCCACCCUGCAAUCAGAGGGAAGACAGAGGUGGAGGCUACUCAGGAGAGCACACAGACUCUGACAGAGAGGACCUCCAGGACGCCUGCAGCCGGCAGGGACCUCUGCCUGACCUGCUGCCCCAGAAUGAGCACCCAUCCUGGGCUUCACCACAUCACAGAGCCGCCAGGGAAGCGGUGGUGCAGGAGCUGGAGGUCAGGAGAGUGGCCAACCAGCUGAGGGCCAUCGGAGAUGACUUCAACGCCACAGUUCUCCACAGAGUGCACGGCGCCCCCCACUGGCAGGACUGGAGAGACGCCUGCCGAGGACUCCUGAACUUCAUCACCCAGACUCUCAGCACUCUGUACCGGCUCACGUAGAGUGCCGUCGCACCUGGUUACCAUGGCGACUUCAGGACUUGGCCACUGAGCAAACAGAAAGCACAGCGACUGGUUGAUGCACUGAUGGAUUAAUGUGGCCAGAAAUCAAACGUUUGCUUGAACAAAGAGUUUAUGAGACCAGCAGCUGGAGGUGGUGGCGCCACCUGUGGGCUGGAUCAGGGUGGUGUCACCUGUGGAAACCGGGACCUGCCUGUCUGUCUGUCUGCCUGACGGCCUGUCUGUCUGUCAGUCUGCUGGUACAGACUGCAGCUGAUGGGCUGAUGGUCACUUUCCUACCUGUAUAUUUUGUAAAAUCCACUUUCAUUCUCUGUCUUUGUCAACAUCUCGGGGGCUCGAUGUAGCAGAGGUGACUCACGUGUGUGUGAGUCAGUGUGUCUGUGUGCACAUGGCAGACCGGGGUCAAACCGACAGGUUGUGUUUACUGAUCUCAUUGCAAAAACAUUUUUGUUAAUUGUUUUGGGGGGGCACAAGGCUUUCAUGCCAUUCAUUUCACUUUAAAAUGUGUCUUUUCUCAAAAUGGAUGACAUCUCAUCAGAUCUUCCCUUCUAUUAUAGGAGAUUAUCUGGUUAUCAUAUCUUUUUUUUCCUACAUUUCUGACACCCUCUGAGUUGCUAACGGCCCAGACACACCAAACAGACUGUUGUGUCGCCUCACAUCACCUGUGUCUCAGCCAAAAAGCUGCACUUAAACACACCGCAAAAGACUACCGCCGACGGCUAACUAGCUUGUGCAUUGCGCGCCUGCAUGAAAGGAAACAACCAACCUUACCACCAGGUGGCAGUAGUCUGCAAGCGUCAUUAAAAAAGGGGAAACUGAGGAAGAUUUACAAACUGUUGUUAUGCACAAGCUGCGUUUUCUGGCCAAGAGACAAAAGAAAGAUAGGAACUGUGCUAAAUGGGUGAAAUAAUGGAUUAUACAGCAACAGGCUAAAGGGAAUGUAGGCGCUGAUUGGCUUAGCUGAGACGCCAGUCAGGGAGAUUUCUCUCACCCACAGUUCCGCCAGCGAUAACAGGUACAGUCGGCUGAAAACAAGGGCUCAGACCUUAGUUUUGUCCGACCAUCGUCCUGGUGUGUCAGGGCCUUUAAAACUAAUUCAGAGAAUCAUAACAGACACGAUUUGACCCUCGUCUGAUGUGUGCGUCUUACUGUUGUCUCUUUAUUUUGCUUCCCACGCCCCCUAUUCUUGAUUAUAAACUGUGAAACUGGACGUUGUAUUUGCAUGGCAGGGAAAAGUCAGGUGUUAUUCCACUAGAGUGAACCUCUCUCCCAAUCUGCUUCAGUUCAUCAGACGAUAUAUGUGCCUUUCUGCUCGGCGCUCUGUUGAGGCCUAAUCUUUGACAUCAGGACAAUCAGCUACACACACACAUUCAGAGAUACACACCCAUGCUCUUUAAGUGCUUUGUUUGCAGUCUCUAAACUCAAGUAUCAUUUGCAUCACAUUCAAAUGGUUCAGCUUCAGCUGUGGUUUAAGGUCAUUUAAGGACACAAACAGCUUAAUCCUCGACAAGCACACACACACUCAGCCACUGUACAUUCCUCCAUACAGAAGUGUUGGGAGCUGGAGGGUCUCACCCGCCUGUGUCGACAGUGUUUAUAGUUACUUGAUUAAUUGUAAAUAUAUUUCCGAAGAUGAAUUUAACUAAUAUGAGACAGUUUGAUGGACUUUAAAGAAGUACUUAUCAAAGCGAGGAAGGUUCACUGUGUUUGGGAGAUUGUUUGUGUAUUUCUGAGCGGAGUUUGAAUUUAAAUCCAGUGGAUUUGAGUUAAAGAAAAAAUAUAUGAUUUGGAUCUUUUGAUUGAAAAGUAUUUGAACAUUUUUGUUAAAAAAAGAGAGAGAAAAAAAAGAAGAAAAAACCCCAUUGGUUGUGCAAAUAUUAUUUUCUUUGUAGUUUGGGAGAAACUGUUAAUUUGUCAUAUUAAGAGUAUAAUUUAUUUUGAAAUGUAGCCUGUCUGUAGCUUGUUCUUUGGUUUCAGUUUUUUUUUUUAUGUAAUGUAUUAUUUAUUUUUUUUCACAUUCCUGAUCAAAUCUAUGAAUUAAGUUGUUCUUGAGUUGUAACUGUUAAAACAGAUGAUAUGAAGCUGUCAGUAUACACACUGAAGGACGAUACAUCACUUCAGUUCAGAUGUUAUCAGCUUUAGGAACCUUCAAAUCUUGAUGGAUCAUUUGAAACGGUACAAUACUUUAAGAUGAUUGUUUAAUUAUGAUCGUCAACACACAUGGCAUUACGUGUCUUUUGUUCAUCAAACAAAAAGACUUAAUUGUGGAUUACAGGAUGUCCAAAUGUCUCCAGAAACUCAAAGUGGUCUAUUAGUUUUCAGUGUGUAUAUAAGAUGAAAUGAAAAGUACCAAAAUUCUCCCUUUUACACCCUUUAAAGCACAAAAAAGAUGAAAUCAAGCAUCUCAAACUGUUAGCAGUACGGCUCAGACUGACUGAACUGAAAAUCAGCUGGUGGUUUUUCUGAUCUAACUCCCAAACUGUGUCGGCCUAUUUGAAAAUCUUUCAACUUUGACGUCAGGAAGCAUUGACUGACACAUGGCCCUUAUUGAUCUGUCUCACAUUAAAAUGACUCAAAGGUAUCAGGAGGGAAGUGAUUGGCUGUGGCGGUUUUGUUUGGCCAUACACUUUGAACCACUCUCAGUUGGCCUUAGCUUCACUGUUUUCUAUGUUUCUUAGCGUAGGACCUUCGUUUUUAACAUUUUGAAGCCUUGAUGUAUAAAAGUCACGUUGAUACCAGAGCCUGCAGAUGUUCAGCUGACGUGACGCUAAGCAGAGAGCAAACUGCGCUAGAACUCGUUUACUGCUUGUACAUUACUAUAUUUAGAUCUGUUUGCUGGCAGUGCUGUUAGCCAUGUUUGCUGUCAUCACAUAGGAUUGCCAACAGGUUAAAGUACGUCAGUCGUUCAGCCUGCAGGUGAUCGCCUCGAGGCGCGUGCACUCACUCACUUCCUGGUUGUUCUUUCUUGUGAGAGUGCACUUCCUGGUUCAGGGCUCACCUCCCUCCUCGCCCAGUGUCCUCACAUGCAGUGUGUAUUUGCUGUUUUUUCAACUUUUUUCAAUUGUUAACUUUCUACAUGAAUUUUUGUACUUUUUUUCUUUUUUAUACAAUAAAGAUAAGGAGAACUAUA